ACCAGCUCUUGGCUGACAGCGCCGGUAGUGACGCGAAAAAUGGCGUCGUCCGCUGCCCGGCGGACUACACGCUUUCUGGUGGCAUCGGUCUCCUCUGGCGGCGGCAGCGGUCGUUUUCACCUCGUCGCCGCCGGACAUGCGGGAGUUUGUUCCGCGGCGACCUCGCCGGGUCCGCGGGGAGGAGCCGCCGUGAGCCGGAGCCCCCGGGGACACGGACAUGUCGUGACAUUGAGCGGAGGAGUGACAGGGGCCAUAUUUCCCCGUGUCACUUCCUGCCGAUCUCUCCACACCAGCUGCGGGCUGGCGAACAAGCAGGACUUCUACGAAGUGUUGGGCAUCUCCCGCAGCGCCUCGCAGAAGGACAUCAAGAAGGCAUAUUACCAGUUGGCGAAGAAGUACCACCCGGAUACCAACCCGGACGACCCGGAGGCCAAGGAGAAGUUCGCCAAACUGGCUGAAGCCUAUGAGGUGCUGAGCGAUGAGGUGAAGAGGACGCAGUAUGACACGUACGGAGCGGCAGGUUUUGACGCCGGCAGAGCCGCAGGUGGCCAGCAGCAGUACUACAGAGCCGGGGGGACCAACAUCGAUCCGGAGGAGCUCUUCAGGAAGAUCUUUGGAGACUUCACCGGAGGAAGGGGCUUCGGAGACAUGAACAGCAUGUUCGAGCAGAGGCCCGAGUUUGUGAUGGAGCUCACAUUCACAGAGGCAGCAAAAGGCGCGAACAAGGAUCUGAGCGUGAACCUGGACGACGCCUGCCCGAGGUGCGUGGGGAAGGGCAACGAGCCGGGCACCAAGGUGUCACAGUGCCACUACUGCCACGGCACCGGCAUGGAGUCAAUGAACACCGGCCCCUUCGUGAUGCGCAGCACCUGUCGACGCUGCGGUGGGAAGGGAUCCCUCAUCACCACGCCAUGCGCCCUGUGCCGAGGGUCCGGUCAGACCAAGAAGAGGCAGACGGUCUCCGUGCCCGUACCCGCCGGUGUGGACGAUGGUCAGACAGUGCGCACGUCAGUAGGCUCAAAAGAAAUCCUCAUCACGUUCAGGGUCCAGAGGAGCCCAGUGUUCAAACGCGCUGGUUUUGACAUCCACUCGGACGUGUCGAUCUCUAUCGCUCAAGCUGUCCUGGGGGGCACGGCCAACGCACUGGGCCUUUACCAAAGUAUCAGUAUAAUGAUUCCUGCCGGUUGCCAGGCAGAUGAGGUGAUCCGGCUGCAGGGCAAAGGCAUUCGGAGGAUGAACAGCUACAGCUACGGAGAUCAUUACGUCCACAUCAAGAUACGAGUGCCCAAGAAGCUGACGCGGAGGCAGCGCUCUCUGUUGCUGAGCUACGCCGAGGAGGAGACGGACGUGCCGGGAACCGUCAAUGGUGUCACUCCUUCUGCAGGUGGGGGCAGCAGCAGCACACCAGGAUCUGGUGUGAAGACGACCAGUUCAGAGGAGGGAGAGGGAAAACAGAAGGAGGAGGAGGAGGGAGGCUUCUUCUCUAAACUAAAGAAAAUGUUUAGCUGACACUCACAGGCUACAGGUAAAAGAAAACAACAUGUGGAAGGAAGGAAAAAGAAAAUCCACUGACUGAGCCCUGCAGUCUGUCUCCUCCUCCGGGGGAUGAUGGAGUGAGAAAAGAGGCAUUGUGGUAUUUGUGUUGACACAGUCGCACAUUGUCGAAAAUUGCGGUUGGCAAACAGGCCACGUAGAUGUCAUGUCCACCCACCCACCCACACACACACACACACACACACCGACCGACCGACCGGCACGUCACCACAUACGGGUGCUCGGCUGGGAACGUCAAGAUGCGCCGGGAAGAGAAACAAGAUGGUGUGACAACGACAUAAGACCGUCGUCGGUAUGAACUUAUAACUCUUAGGUGCUCCGCACACAGUCACUCUCUAUUUCAUAAAUCCAUGUAAGAUGUAAGAUGAGCCAUUAAAAUGGCGACCGAAAGUUAUAGUCUGGCCGGGAGGGUAACGCGGGCGAGUAAAAUGGACUUUGGAAAUUACAGGAUGACAGUUUAAUUUAUUUUUUUAUCUCUAACACUGUUCAUGGGUCCCACAGAGUUGUAAUAAUUUCCUUGAAGACUGACAUGUAAAUGUGAAUUAUUUGUAAAGUUCCAGAAAACAUUGUGGAUUAAUUCUAUACUGACACAAUGAUUCCGCUCAGCAUCAAGAGAAUGAAGCUGCCAAUACGAUCAUUGGUUCGUUAAUAUUUACAUGAGUUUUAAACGGAUAUGUGAAAGUUUUUCCUGUUAUUAAAUAUGUCAUGGUCCAUGAGGACAAUGUCUGACGAACGCAGUGGGAGUCGUCCGUCCGUUCCCCCCCCCCCCCCCCGAGUCUGACGCGUUCACAACAGCAGGAACAUUUCUGGAACAUUCAGGCGAGGGGGUGGCGUCCGGGUAGAGCUCCCCACUCGCUCGCCAAAGAAGUUUUCCUGGAAAUUGUCCUUUCUAGGGGACAUUUUCUGGAUUUUUUUUUCUAGAAGGUUGGCAGAAGUAAAAAGAUCCAGAAAAAUAUUCUGGGCCACAAUUGCUGACAUCUUGCGUUCUCACAUACAGCCCCUCCGGAAAAUGUCUGGACUUCAGUGCCUGUCUGAAAGCGGCGUUACUGUGUAUUGUCCUAGAAGAUUCUCUAUUUUCUUUAUAAUUAGUACCAAAUUACAUUCUGUUUUAUGUAUCUAAUAAAAGAAAGUGUUACUCAUGUCAUCUAUAUGAAGCUGUGGCUGUUAAAUCAAAACAUUAUUCUACUGUUAGGGUGAAAGGGGGGGGGGGAUUCUAUUGUUUAAAAAAAGAAAGAAAGAAAAAUGGGUAAACUGAUUUUCCAUAUUUGUUACAAAUUGUUUGUUGCACCUGUGUAUGGCAAAAAAGACUAUCUGAAUAAAUGCUUAUGUAUUUA